AAGAAUCCAUUAUUUAUUUUUAAUUAGUUAAAUAAUUAAAUAAAUAAACGUCGGCCCACCUAUUUCUGGCCCAGCUUCAAUUAUUCCAACUUGACUCUCAAAACGCCGUCGUUUUGCGACCCCUUCUCCGACAAACAUUCAAUCGUGCAAAUCCUAAUUCUUCUUUUCAUCUUCUUCCCCAAUUCUUCAAUCUUCACCACUGAAAACCCUAAUUUGAUAAUAUUUCUAUUUCGCACAAACCAUAACCGCCGCACCUUUGCGAUCGAACCGCUUCCGCCGUGAGCCUCCUCCUCAUUUCUGAAAAAGACCCCCAAUUUUGAGCUGGGUUAUAGCAACUAUGGUAUCGGGAUUAAUAAAUGCUAACCCUGUUGUCUACGAGAAAAAGGAGCGUCGAACUCGAAGUUCGCCAGGUGAUGUUGACGAAUAUGCAGUCGAACAGAUCGACCAACUAGAAAUUUUUGAUCAUAUUAGAGAUAUAAAAGAUCCAGAGCACCCUUAUUCCUUGGAAGAGCUGAAAGUUAUUACAGAAGAUGCAGUCGAGGUAGAUGACAACCGUAGUUAUGUAAGGGUCACAUUCACUCCGACGGUUGAGCAUUGCAGCAUGGCAACAGUGAUUGGCUUGUGCUUACGUGUCAAACUCAUGCGCUCUUUGCCACCUCGUUACAAAGUUGAUAUUAGAGUAGCCCCUGGUACUCAUGCCACUGAAGCUGCAGUAAAUAAGCAGCUAAAUGAUAAAGAACGUGUGGCGGCAGCUUUAGAAAAUCCUAACCUCGUUGAUAUGGUUGACGAAUGCCUCGCCCCUUCGUAUGAAUGAAGCUCAUCUUUUACUAAUCUCAAUAUAAAUAAAUACUGGAUUUUUAUUUCUUCGCCUGUGUGUUUGAUUCUUUCUGCAGUUUUGUUUAUGUUCUUGAUUUUUGAGGUUUCUAUAUUUUAUUUCUUGUUUGAUAUGGUUGUUUCUUUUAGUUAGGAAUUAAAUUUAAAUUUUGUCUAACUACAGAAAUAUCUAUUCAGUUUUUGGAAAUAUAAAUGCCUCUUUGAGGUAUUAUAAAUACUUAUAUUGAAGUUUAUUUUA